GGCGGACAAGCUCCUAGAUGGAUCGUGGCUGCAAUGGGAAAAAUUCCAAUGGAAUAGCCCUCGGUUCUUUCUUUGUCCCUCUCUGCCUUUGUCCGGGGUUAUUGAUCGCGAGAGAUGAACAGAUUACCAAUCGGAACACCAAUCUAGCGAGGUUGACAGAGCCGGAACCAGGGAAAGGCGCGGAUGAACCGUGGUUUCUCUUUACCGGCCUUCGAUGCCGUUCGAGGAACUCGCAUAUGAUAUGAUAAUGGUUAUAAUUA